GGUGAGAUCUCUUUCUCACUCGCUGACAAUGGGAAGCUCUUCCAAGGAACCGACGGCAACCGACGGCGAGACCUCGAGCGGCGGCGCGUCGCCUUCCAACGAUGGCAGUCUCUUCUCGGAGGGCGAGCGUGUUCUCGCUUACCAUGGUCCUCGCGUCUACGAAGCCAAGAUUCAAAAAGUUGAACUUCGCAAAAAGGAGUGGAAGUACUUCGUUCACUAUCUCGGUUGGAACAAAAAGUGAGUAUCUCUGUGCUCUCAUGUCUAUUCUGGUUCACGUAGCUAACAAAGCGAGUUGGGAUGAAUGGGUUGGUGCAGAGAGAUUGUUGAAACAUACUGAGGAGAACAUUAUGAAGCAGCAAGCUCUCAACAAGAAGCAAGGAGUAGAAAAGAAUACAAAGUCCGGCCGUUCAGCUCAGGCUAAAGCCAAGAGCUCUGGUGAUGCAAAAAUGGACAAAGAUGACACAAAGAACAAUGCUGCAAAGGGGAAGAAACGAAAGAUCGAGUCAGGCAAUGAGAAGGAUAACACAUCUAUGGAGAAGCUGAACAAGAUCCAAAUUCCUGCAACUCUAAAGAAACAGCUUGUUGACGACUGGGAAUAUAUUACUCAGAAAGACAAGCUUGUUAAACUUCCCCGUUCGCCCAAUGUGGAUGAUAUAUUGUCCAAGUACCUUGAGCAAAGGACAAAGAAGGAUGGCAUGGUAGCUGAUUCUGUUGCGGAAAUCUUGAAAGGAAUAAGGUGUUAUUUCGACAAGGCGCUCUCGAUGAUGCUUCUAUACAAGAAAGAACGGCAACAAUACCACGAUGCAAUAGUAAAUGAUGUUUCCCCGUCAACUGUUUACGGUGCUGAGCAUUUGCUUCGUCUCUUUGUUAAGCUUCCGGAGCUUCUAGCAUAUGUGAAUAUCGAAGAGGAGACGUCGACCCGUUUGCAGCAAACACUAGUUGACUUCCUCAAGUUUCUCCAGAAGAAUCAGAGCGGUUUCUUUCUUUCUGCGUAUGAUUCUGAUAAGGCCUCCUCGGAGAGUAAAGGCAAAGGAAAAGAUGAGUGAAAGGCUUCGACGGGUAUAUCCAGACUCCUGUUGAGGAAGACAUCAGACACUGUUGUUGUAUCUCUAGGGUUCAUUCAUUUCUGGUCAGAAGUAUAUUUCGAGGUGCGAUUUUGGAUUAUUAUUAUUAUUAUUAUUUUAAAAUUCCCUGGGAACUUUCACAUUCAAAACAAUGAGAGAGACGAGAUGGUAACGAAGUACAUGUGCUCGAGACGAUGGAUAUAUUCUUCCCCUUUCAGAUUUGGACAGACCAA